UUUGUUUUUAUAUUAAAAUGCCAUUAAAAUUAGAUAAUGAAUCAGAGCUAAGAGAGGCUCAAGCUGCUUUAUUCAACAUUAAUUCAACAAGUGGUUGGCUAUUAUUAAACUAUGUAGGCCCAAGUACUGUUCAUUUUUGUGCUGGUGGUGAAGGUGGUGUUGAUGAUAUUAAAGAUCAUUUAGAGGAUGACCAAAUUCAAUAUGGUUUGAUUAGAAUUGGUAAUAUUCAAGAGAAAGGAACAUUAAAAACCACAGUUAGAGAUAUCUUCUUUUGUUGGAUUGGUCCAGGUGUCGGUAUUAUUGAAAAGGGUAAAAAGAUCGCUAAUCUUGGAGAUGCCCAAGCUCUUUUACAACCAUUCCAUGCAGAUAUUACAAUUCUUUCAAAAUCCAAAUUUGAUAAAGAAACCGUUUUAGAUAGAUCACACCCAUUAUCUGGUAGCCACGUAAUUGAAUAAAGGGUAUUGGUUUUUAAACAAUCAAAUAUUAUCCUCUAAAAUAAAAAAAAUAAAAAAAAUUCAUGGAUAGUUUAAAAAAUAUC